AUGUCUGAGGAGCUUGCUGACGAGAUUGAGGCCAUAAACUCAAUCUACGGCGAUGGCAGCCUCGUCCAGGCCGGGGAGGACUCGGACAUCUACAUCCUGAGCCUCCCAGACGAAGCCGUCUCACUACGCCUGCAGUUCCCACCAGACUAUCCCGCAGCGCCCUGCAUCCCCCUCGGCACCAACAGCUCCGGGGGCAAGCGCGGCGUGGGGGCCCGGGACCUCGAGCUCUUCCGCAGCGCGCUGGGGAACAUCUUCCAGCCCGGCCAGGUCUGCCUCUUCGACGCCGUCGAGGAGCUGAAGAGACUGCAGGAGGAGGCCGGCGUGGCCAACGACAACGACAACGACACGGCCCCGGACCACGAGGGGCAGCCAGACGGCGACACACGCGCCGCCGCCUUCGCCUCCAGGGCGGCGGCGGCCGACGACCUGGGCCCGGAGCCGCCGUGGGUCGUGUCCGAGCCCGUCGUGGAGCUCAAGUCCGUCUUUGUCGCGCGCUGCGCCGCGGUCGGCUCCCCCGACGAGGCGGCCCGGUUCGUCGAGCACCUGCUGGCGAGCGACAAGCGGGUGCGCACCGCGACGCACAACAUCACGGCGUGGCGGAUCCGCGGGCCCAACGGGACCUCGUUCCAGGACUGCGACGACGACGGCGAGACGGCGGCCGGCGGCCGGCUGCUGCACCUCAUGCAGCUCAUGGACCUGUGGGACCACAUGGUCGUGGUGACCCGCUGGUACGGCGGCCAGAAGCUCGGGCCCAGGAGGUUCGCGCUCAUCAACGCUGCUGCCAGGGACGCCUUUGUCAGGGCCGGCAUCGUCAGCGAGCCCUCGGCUGCUAAGAAGAAGGGGCACGGCAAAUGA